AUGAGAGAUUACCAGAAGAGAGAACAGAGACAGAAGGAGAAGAGCCGUUACGAGGCAGCAAAAGCAGCAAAGCUGGUCCAGUCUCCCACGAAGACCGCGUUCGAUCCUGUCCUGGCCCGAGUCGAUCUGGAGGACUCCGGAUAUGGUCGUAGUCUUGCCAGCUUCGCCAACGACACGUCGUUCACCCUCGCCACAUACGCGACGGACCAGUUCGCCUCUCAGAGUGCUAAUGUCUUCUCGACGGGCUACGGGCCCGGCCAUCAGACAGCGGCUAGUCUCGCGCUCGCAUUCGCCGCAUGUUACCCUGCCAACGCGAAGCCGCGCCCAGAUGAGAAGGGAAACAUCUUCACCUACGGGAAGGCCCUCGUCUACUGCCAGACAGAUUUCGCCUUCGCCCUUGCGAAGACGGAGGCUCUCGGACAGUAG